GCCACAUAAUUGACAUGGCGGAAUCCCACAUUCCGCUUCACUGUGGACGUAGCAGCUCCGGGAUGGCGAGUUUUUAAAAUUCAGGCACGGAGGACUUAAAACGUGGAUUAGCAGGGUUCCCAGAAUACCACGUGGCUGUGCAGGGAAAGGCUCCAUGAAUGUACGUCACCAUGAUGAUGACGGACCAGAUGCUGGAGCUUCCGCCACUGCUGAACGGCGAGGUUCCCGUGAUGCACCACAUGAUUAAUGGAGACGCCUCGCAACAGGUGAUCGUGGUCCAGGUGAAUCCUGGAGAAACGUUCACCAUUCGGAGGGAGGAUGGAACUCUACAGUGCAUUCAAGGGCCUGCAGAAGUUCCCAUGAUGUCACCGAACGGCUCCAUCCCUCCCAUUCACGUGCCCCCAGGCUACAUCUCCCAGGUUCUGGAGGACACCACUGGGGUUCGGCGAGUUGUGGUCACCCCUCACUCCGAAUGUUACCCCCCAAGUUACUCCCCUGCAAUCUCCCCUACCCACCACCUGCCCCCACCGUACAUGACACACCCCCACUUCAUCCCAACUUCACACACGGCCUACUACCCUCCCGCCAGCCCCGGAGACGUGCCCCCACACCAGUACUACCAACAUCGCCUGCCCCCAAUCUACCCAGAGGAGAUCAUUCCUUUAUACAACAUGUCCACGUUCCUGGGUCGGGAAGAGUACUGCAAGCCUCAGCCAAAGAAGCCGAAGGAGCGUCCGACUGAAAGGCAGAGUCUAUCCAGGGUCAGCACGCCCCCAUCGUCCAGCUACAAAAACGGCUCGGCCUGCAACUCCACUCCAAACGGCUACAGCAAGAACCACAGCGGCACCGCAGCCACAGGGGGAGGAGGAGGAAGCCCCGGGAACAAACGGACUGAGAGGAGGGCCAGAGGAAGCCCCAAACACACAGAGAGUGACCAGCAAGAUCCUGUUUUGGACACAAGAAGAGACCAGGAUGUACCAUCAGGAAUGGACAAGCCACAGGUGUGUAAGGUUCAGGCUCACUCUGCGCUGGUGUCCUGGUCCCGAGCCACACAGGUGGGGGCAUCUGGCCGGGGGCAGACUGAUGGAGCUCCACAGUCCUGUAGCUACGAGCUGCUUCUCGCUGAUAAGAGCUGCGAUGGGAAAUACAAAGUCGUCUACAGUGGAGAAGAGCUGCAGUAUACUCUCACUGAUCUGAGACCUGCUACAGACUAUCAUGUUAGAGUAAGCGCAGUGUGUAACUCUGUGAAGGGUCCCCAUUCAGAGGUGAGGGCGUUUACUACCCACAGCGCCCCUCCGGAGACCCCCCUACCCCCGCGACUCUCCCACCGCACCAAGAGCUCCUUGACUCUACAGUGGAAGCCACCCGUCGAUAAUGGCUCAAAAAUCACCAGCUACAUCCUGGAGUGGGAUGAGGGGAAGAAGAACAGCGUCUUCCGGGAGUGUUAUUUUGGACACCAGCGGCAUUUCAAAGUCAUGCGCCUGUGCCCUGCAGUUGGGUACACGUUUCGAGUGGCAGCACUCAAUGACAUUGGACCCAGUGGCUUUAGCCCAGAAGUGGUUUUCCACACCACGGGCAGCCUGCCCCAGAUGCCCUUGGCGCCUCGCCUGCUCCGAGCCGGGACGUCUUGGGUGGCACUGGAGUGGACCCGCCCCAGUGGCUGCAGCCCAGAUGAGGCGCUCACGUACACCCUGGAGAUGCAGGACGACAGCAAGGGGCCAGAGUUUAAGGCUGUUUACAGUGGGGCAGAGCUGAGCAGCAGAAUGGAGGGUCUAAACAGAAACACCAGCUACAGAUUCAGACUCACUACCUGCAGUGCAGAGUGGAAAAGCACCCCCAGCUCCAUCCUGGUGUGUAGGACGACUGCAGACAAACCUGGACCUCCAGCAGCCCCCAGAGUCUCUGCAGUCACGUCUCACGGCUUCUGCGUGACGUGGGAUCCCCCACAAGAUGAUGGAGGCUGUGGGGAUUUGACAUACCUCUUGGAAAUGUCUGAAGGGAAUUCUGAAGAGGGGAGCCAGUGGGAGGUUGUUUAUCGUGGACCGUUGCGGGAGCACGUGUGUAAGGAUUUAAAUGCAUCGACUCGGUACACAGUUCGCCUCAGCGCCAUCGGCUCAGGUGGCCACAGCCAGUACGUAGACAGCCUGCACGUCUGCACUCUCAGCAUGCCUCCAGGCACCUGCCGGCCAAUCACAGUCCAGGGCAGUGUCAAACACAGGGAGGUGAACUUACAGUGGGAAGGUCCUGUGUGCGAUGUGGAGAAUGAAAGUCUGGUCUACAGUGUGGAGAUGAGUGGAGUAGAAGAGGAAGCCAACCCGAUGCAGGUGUACAAUGGAACCCACACAGAGUGUACUGUGGGGAGUCUGCUGCCAGGCGCCACCUACAGGUUCAGAGUGCGUGCUGCCAACGAUGCCGGGUAUGGACCAUACACCGAGUUUGUGGAAGUGACCACUGCAGCAGGACCUCCAGGCCAGUGUGUGGUUCCCGUCAUCAAUCUGACAUCUCACACGUGUGCAGUGGUCAGCUGGGAGACGGAUGAGAGCUCGGGAGCAGAUAUCUCCGGCUACCAGCUCGACUGGGGUCGGGACCAGGACUCUCUGGAAAUGAUUUAUAAUGGGACGGAAACCUUCUGCGAAAUCUCCAACCUGGAGGCAGCAGCAAGCUACUGCUGUAGGCUACAGGCCACCAACCAGGCAGGGGCAGGCCCCUACAGUGAUCUGGGGUGGUGUCGGACACCGGCGGCUGCUCCGAACGCCGUGGUCAGCCUCUACCUGCAGGAGUCUGUCUCCUUGCCUGCUGACGAAGAACCCUUCUCCCCCUCCACUUGCCUGGCUCUGGCCUGGGAUGAGCCCAACUGUAACGGCCAGGAGAUCACCUGCUACACCAUCGCCAUGGGAGAGACACUCAUUACAGCUGGAAAUGCCACCUGCCACGUGAUCCGAAACCUGCAGCCUGACAGCGAGUACAGUGUGCAGGUGAGAGCGGAAAACAGUGUAGGUGCUGGUCCAUUUGGGCCAAGUCUGCAGGUGAGGACCAAGCCACUGCCCCCCUCCCCACCUAAACUGGAGUGUGCCGCUACAGGACCACAGAGUCUGAAACUGCGCUGGGGGGACAGCAACAGCAGGGGGCUGAUCACAGACGAUACUACCUACGUCCUGCAGAUGGAGGACAGGAACCAGAGGUUCGUGCCAAUCUAUCGUGGGCCGAGCCACACGUUUAAGGUUCAGCGCCUGAGCGAGUCGAGCCGCUACACUUUCAGGAUCCAGGCUGUGAGUGAGGCAGGCGAGGGCCCCUUCUCUGACACCCACACCUUCACCACUACCAAAUCAGUGCCUCCAACACUCAAAGCUCCUAGAGUGGCUCAGCUAGAGGGCAAUGCUUGUGAGGUGACCUGGGAAAGCGUCCCCCCGAUGAGGGGGGACCGUAUCACCUACGUGCUGCAGGUCCUGGGUGGAAAGGAGUCAGAAUACAGACAGGUCUACAAGGGAGAGGACACCUCCUAUCAGCUGUUCGGCCUGCAGUGGAACACAGACUACCGCCUGCGGGUCUUCGUGUGCCGACGUUGCUCAGACACCUCACAGGAGCUGUGCGGACCGUUCAGCCCCUCCACACAUUUCUCCCCGCGCCGCACCAACACGGCCGUGGCCCUGGAGCCGGGCUCUGUCAGCACAUCCACACCCAAAGCACUCACGGACGAACAGUUCGCCAGCCUCAUCGUCCUCGGGGUGGCCGGCGCCUCCAUCAUUAUCGCUUACCUGCUCCAGCUCCUCAUAUGAAGCCAGCGAGCAGACGCACACAUACACACACACAAACAUAAAUACACAUAAACACACUUUCAUACAUAUACAGAGCUGCAAAACUUGAGGGACGUCAAAGCAGCGUUUUAUAAUAUUUUUUUCUAAAUCAGUCAGACAGGCUUCCUUGCCCUGCCCCCCCCCACCUAUUAUCGUUUCAAUUCAUCUGCUUUUUCUUGUCUGUCUCUUUUAUAUGUUUAAACUUUGGUGUCUUUGUUGCACAGUUUUUUUUAAACUACAGCUACAGUGGUAAAUGAAAGUAUUUUUAUAUGUUUUUAGGUCCUAUGUAUUUUUUACAAGGUAAGAACUUUUUACGAGGCCCCCGAACAGGUUUCAUGUAAACGUAAAAAAAUAUAUAUAUGUAUUUUUUUGUAUUUUUACAAAGUGUUUAUUAUGUGAUACAGCUUUAACACAUCAGCAUUGCAGAGAUGUGUAAUUUUCUAUUUUCCUGUUUAAGACCUCACUGCUGCUGCUGCUACGGACGGAUUGCUGCAGCGGUUAGCAUGGGGUCGACAACACUAAUGCUGCAGUAGUAGAUGAUACUACACUAGUAAUACAGCGAGUAGCCUUUCCUAACUAUAGAGCUAUUGAUAUUCAAUAUAAAGAGAGAUAAUAGAAGUGUAUUAAAUACAGGUACAAACGAGAGGUUCGUCUCAUGGUAAAUUUGUAGACCAUUGUAUUUAUUGUACCCAUAAGUUCAUUUUCGUAACAAAUAAUCUCAUAGUUACCGAUACUCAGUGGCCCGUACUUUUACCAGCGGAUUUUUACUUAUUCGUUUAUGCUUUCAUAUCUGUACUUACACUGUGGACAAAAGUUUGUGGACACCUGAUUAUUACUUUGUUUUUUCUAAAACUUUAAGAUCAUUAAUAGGGAGUUUUUCUUCAAAUUUCCUGCAGCAGAAAGAACUGCAGUUAGUUGAUGGUUGGUGGAUGUUGGGGGAUCGGAUCUUGAUCACAGAUGCUGCUCAAAGGCUAAAAAUAUACAGUACCAGUCGAGUGUUGAACACUGCCCUUCUUUUUAAUUUUUAGUUUUAGUUUUUUCAUUUCAACAUUGUAGAUUAAUAUCGAAGACAUCAAAACUAUGAAGAAACAUGUACGCAAUAAUGAUUAUUGCUUAUGUGUUCGUUUAUUGUUUCUAAGUCUUUACCAUUAAUAUACAGUGUAGAAAAUAGUACAAAUAAAUGACUAAUAUUAAUGAGAAUGUGUGUCCAGGCGUUUGACUGGUACUGUACUUGCUCUUUAGCCAUGCACUCGUGUAGACAGUCCUCUGCCUCUUGAACGUAACUGUUCUAAUAUUACUGGAUGCUUCCACCAGAGCCUUCCACUUACUACAGUGGCAAGGGCACAUCAUUCAGCAGGUAAUCACGUACCUGAUCACACAGCUUUUCCUCAGAACUUUGCGAUAUGUUGAUGCUGCUAAGUGCCUGCAGUGUGUACUGUGCCUUGUGUACACCUAGCAUUCAUUUCUUUUUAAAGACUUGCACAACCAACACACCAAAGGGAAAGUGAGUAAAUCUAAAGCUCCUCACAUAGUUAUGUGGGUGGAGUGACAUUUGCUGCUCCAGUGCUUUACAGUCCAAUACCGGGGGCUUUAGACCCCUCUAAACUUCAUCUUAUUUUAUUAGUGACUGUAAAUGUAGUUCUUUUAUAUGGAAAUUACACUGUCUGCAGUGGGGACAUCUUAAUGUAAAUGUACUUAGUAAUAAUAAGGAGCGUCCACAAACUUUUCUGAGUUUUCCUUUUAACGUUCUUGUUUUCCUCUUGUCUCUUUUUCGCUCUCCUCCUAAUCCUUUUAAAGUGAAAAAGGGAAAGUGCCCUUGGGUCCUGGGAAAACAAAAUGCAAGCACCCUUAUGGCCAAAGAACUUUCUAGCAACAUCCUUCGCCUUCUGGCAACUCACAGUAAAGUGAAGUCUGGAAUGUACGUACCUCAGGGACUGGGGGGACCAGAUAAACUGUUCAGAAUGCCGGUGGCCCGUGCCUAUGCUUUUAAAUAAUUUCAGAUUCUCUACUCUCUACGCUCUCCACAGAUCUCCCACCAUUUCAUUUACCCUCUAACCUCUCUCUUUAGCUGAGACUACAUUAUGCAGUACAUGAAAAAACAAUGUUUACUAGCUCAACUUUAUCUUUAACCAAAGUUAGUGAGCAAAGCAAGGUAUAACAGUUUUGUUUAGGUUUAUUUAUACUAUAUAUUGCAUACAGUACUUUAUAAUGCAAAUCACAGUGCAAUCUUUCAUUUAUUUAUUUCUUUAAGAAUCAAACGAACUGUCAUAUUCAAUAUUUUCUCAUGUAGCAUGUCUUUUAUUUUUUCGGUUAUGAUGAAUUGUUUCCAAAUAUAGAGCAGUAAUCUUUUAAUAUUAACCUGUUUCGUUUCAGAUAUGUUUUAUUGCGCAUAUACCAGUUUUUACUUACAUGUAUGUCUGCCUUCGUUCAAUAGCUUAUAUCUCUCUUCUCCGAUCAGCAAGUUAAUACUCAUAUGGAAUAUAUUUUCGUUAUUAUUUUUCAUUUCAUCUUCUUUCAUUUGUUUGUUUUUUAUUUGUUUGAUUUACAUCAGCGCAGCCCUCGAGCCUUUCGUACGAGGACAUCUAACAUACAUUCCAGUGUCCUUUUUGAAGAGAGACGUGACAUAACUUGAUACUAAACAUAAAACUUGAAGUGGAAACACUUGAACACUUUAAUUUCAAAACUUUCACCUAAACAACCCCAACUUUCUGUUGUUGUUUUUUUUUUUUUUUUUUUUUAAAUAAAUGUGCAAAAAUUCAUCAGGUUGUCACUUUAAGGAUCUUCUGACAUCACAAUUCAAAGCCUUACCUGUCAUCAGGGAAGAUAAACACAGUCGCUCGUGUUGACACAUGAUGAGAAUCAUUCCACACUGCCAUUUCCAAACAUAAUCAUGUCACAUUUAUUGUUGUAAAUUAUAAUCAUAGGCAUUAUAUAAAAAAAAAAUGAAACAAGAACAACACAACCUACCAUAUCGGUUUAAUGUAUAGAUUUGAAGUACUACCCAUUGUAUUUAAGAUGAUUAUGUAUCUGUAGCAUAUAUGUAAUAUAUUUAUACACAAUAAAUGUUUAAAUUUUUCUGAUAUGA